GCUAAUAAUAUAAUUUUGGCAAUUGUCAAAGUGAAUUAUUCGACGAUUUUCUUUACGAAUACAAAUUUAUCGAAAGCGAAAUAUUUUGAGAAAAUGAAUAAUCAAAGUUUUCAAAGAAGAUUUAUUCAAAGUUAUAUACCUUUUGGUAAUAAUAAUUAUUUCAUGUAUGGCAAUCAGAAUUUAUUACAAAUGUAUCAACAAGGACCAAUGAGACAGGAGCUUCAAUCCCCUGGAAUGAUUGCAUAUGGGCUCCCUCCUUCUAUGAUUGGAUAUGGAUCAUCGCUAAUAUGAUUGGUUACGGACCAUAUCCUAAUAUGAUUGGUUACGGUCCAAAUCCUAAUAUAAUUAAUUAUGGACCACCUCCUAAUAUGAUUGGCUAUUGGCAACCAGCAGAAAUGGUUGUUCAUGAAUCGCAACCAGGAAUGUAUUAUGAGCAGUCAGAGCAGCAGCUGCAGCAAGGACAGCAGCAAGAAUUAUCUGAAAUUGAGCCGCCAAUUGAAGUAAUUGAAUAUCAGCAGAAAUCACAGAUUCCUGGUAAUGAGUCUUCUGCCCAGAAUACUUCAACAGAAGAACAAGAUUCGAAUCUGUUAUUACAAACGGGCAACUUUUUAUCAGAUCCGAAUUAUCUGCCUCGUAAUGUUUCUGAAUCAGCUGAUAGAAGUGGAAUUUCUGAAAGUAAUUUAAAACAAAAUAUUCAUCCAGUCCUUAAUUCAGAAAAAGACGUUCUGGACGACGAUGAACCAGAAGUCAUGGAAUAUAUAGUUAAAAACAUCACAUUUUCCGAUAUUUUUGAUGAAUCUAAUGAUACAGAAGAAUACUCUGAUAAAUCUGAUCAAGAGAUAGAACUAAUUGUUCCUCUAUCUCAAGCAGAGGCCACGUCGAGUGUUUAUAAAGAGGAUAAAAAACGGCCUUUACUUAGAGAUUUCAUCGAACUCGAGCGCCAUUCAUUAGUUUCGGAAGUAAUUUAUGAAGAAGAGGAACCUGAAUCUGGAGACGAUGGAUCAGAAAGUGAUGGUAGCUUUCAUUCAGACACCAUCUUAAUUGAUUAUGAAGAAUGUAAUGUUAACGUCAGCACAACUGAUGUUUCGAAGAACUGUAGUACUGAAAACAAUGCAUCAGUAAUUACCGAAGAAGAAAACUCUGUUGCAGCUCUGUUGCAAAUCUUGUCUCAUUUAGCAGAAAAGAGUAAGUCUUCGAUUUCGUCUGCUGAACAGAAAAAUCUAAGUGUUCCUCUAUCUCCAGAAGAAAUCACGUCAAGUAUUUAUGAAGAGGAUAAAAAACGGCCUUUGCUUAGAGAUUUUAUCGAACUCGAGCGCCAUUCAUUAGUUUCACAAGUAAUUUAUGAGGAAGAGGAACCUGAAUCUGAAGACGAUGGAUCAGAAAAUGAUGGUAGCAUUCAUUCCGAUACUAUCAUUGAUUAUGAAAAGUGUGAGGUCAACAUCAGCGGAACAGAUUUAUUGAACCAAUGCCACAUUGAAAACAAUGAAUCAAUAAUUGCUGAAGAAGAGAAGUAUGUUGCAGACGUAUCUCAAUUAGUAGAAAAAAGUCAAUCAUUGACUUCUCUAGAUGUCAAACUAUGCAAUUCAAAUUUAUCUAUCGAUGAAACGUCAAAAGUUUCUAAUGAGUUUCAUCGUUCGAAUACAUUUAGUAACGGAUUUGAGGAAGAAGAAAAUCAAAAUAAAGCAAACAAAGAAAUAUUACAAUCUAAUUUUGACAUUGUAAAACAUUUACAACUUGAUAAGAAUUAUGCUGAAGGAGCAAUUGAAGUUGAAAAAGUUAUGGAUGUCGAUUAUUCAAGUUUACCAGAAGAGGAAUUAUCUGCAAAAUCUAAGAAAGAGGAAACGACUAAAUGUUUUGAUAUUUUUGUGGCAUUUUUCCGCCAAAUUUCAUCCACCAUCUCUUUUGGUUGCAAAAGAAGAAAAUAAAAUGGCUAUUCAUUUAUUUGGUUUUUGAGUGCUGACCACCAUACGCAAAAUCAAUCGGGAUGGCAACCAAAAUAGUUCAAGAAAAAGUUUAUAAUUCAAAACUUAAAAAUA